AUGCCUUCGAAUUUUGACCGUAUCUUGGAUACGUCCAAGGAGAACGCUCCCAAGUCCGCUUACGACAGCGAAAGCUUUGAUGCUAAUGUAACUAUUCAUGUCGAUGGACUGGUCGGAUCAGCUACCAUAGCACCAAGUGGCCGCGACGUUGCCCUUGCAUCCCCCGAAGGUCUAGCCAUCAUCGAUCUUGAUGCCCCUUAUAAUCCACCCCGUCGAUUAAGUAGUCAUGGACACCCGUGGCUGGUGGUCGACGUGCAAUGGUCGCCUUUCGCGGCCCGGGAUUAUUGGGUGGCAUCGACGGCCAAUCAUCGCUGUCUAGUUUGGAAUUUGAACUUAAGGGAAGACUCUGCGACAGGGGCCAUCGAGCACUCUCUCCAAGGUCAUAGUAGGGCAAUCACAGACAUCAACUUUUCAGCUCACCAUCCUGACAUGCUCGCCACUUGCGCGGUCGAUGGUUAUGUUCAUUGCUGGGACUUGCGGAGACCUAAGCAGCCUGUCUUAACUUUCUGCGACUGGUUCGCUGGAGCUACCCAAGUCAAGUACAAUCGACAAGACCCCAACGUGCUCGCCUCAUCACAUGACAGGUGGUUACACAUUUGGGACGAGAGGAAGCCAUCUACUCCUCUUAAGUCUAUUAGUGCGCAUACCUCCAAGAUCUACGGCCUUGAUUGGAAUCGUAGCAAGGCGACUAGUAUUGUUACUUGUUCCUUAGAUAAGAGUAUUAAAUUCUGGGAUUAUAGCGUAUCUGAAGAACCAGAGAGGAUAAUCCGGACAGACUUUCCUGUAUGGCGUGCUCGUCAUACCCCUUUCGGUUAUGGUCUACUAGCUAUGCCUCAAAAUGACCCAGGAAACCUCUACUUAUAUGAUGGUCGACGCAGCGAAGGGGAGGCAUUGGAUGCUGCUGUUGACCCACGCAAUAUUUUUCCUGGGCAUGGAAACCAUAAGGUAAAGGAAUUCCUGUGGAGGGCUCGGGGGUCAAUCUCGGAUGACGGAAUAGACAAUCGGGAAUUUCAGCUCGUAUCUUGGGGUGAAGACAAUGAAUUGCGUCUUCACAGAGUCGAGCAGCCAACCCUAGAGUCUGUCGGGCAUAUAAAGGGGUGUCUAGCUCAAAAUAUCAACAUUACGAGAAAGGGGGCUACGUAUAAGACUUAUAGAGCCGUUGACGACCACGCUAACAGAGAGAAGCGAUCGGCUACUAUGAGCGAUCCUCGCCCCGGAAGCGGCGGGGGUCAGUUUCGUCGCAGUGCCCUUACUAUGGGAAUGCAGACAAUGUCGUCAAACUAUCAUCGGUCCGGCGGCGCGAUACCAAGUUGGAAAGGCCCUUCGAUGAGAGCGAAAACUGUCGCUGGGAAGGUAAUCGAUCGGAGCCUAGACCAGCUUGGUUGGAUGAAAGGCAUCACGAUGAGUAAGAAAUCGGGGAUCAUCAGAGCGUCCCAGAGAAAGGAAUCCAGAGACUCUGGUUUGUUUGGGCAUAACUUUCAUGACGAGCAUUGGGCCGAACCAGAAACGCUACAAGAAGAGAUUGUUCGCGUCAACCAACAAAUGCCAAACGUCAAAUGGGAUAACGUAGAUAUGGAUUCUCUUAGUCUCAGAGCUUCCCUAAAGGGUCCCUGGGGCGCAGACGGCGAUAGCAUUUUUAUCAAGGUCAGAGUAGACAUCCCUAGGAACUACCCGAAAUCAAGGGCCCCGAAAUUCAUGGUUGAAAAGACAGCCUUGAUGUCAGACCAGACGCAUAAGAAACUUGAACAGGAAAUCCACCAGUUGAUAAGCCGGUUCUCGAAGAAGCGACAAAACUGUCUUGAGGUAGCUUUUAGUUACCUUCUUGGAGAAGUUGAUCUCUCUAGUAGCGACUCACUUUUUAAGAAUGUUAAGGACCUAGACGACGACUUCGGUGGGCUCGCCGAUGAGAGCUCAAGUGAGGAAGAGGAUAACGAUAUUCCCGCCGGUGGCUCCGCGACUAUGUCCCAAGAGCUGACCGCGAGCACCGAGCUUGAUGCUACUCUUGCUCCUACUAAUAGACCCACUAUACCACCAAUGCCGCGUUUGUGUGGCUGCCGCUUCUCGAAUGAUGGAAGGCUGGUCUGUUUUUUCCCUACUAAGGAGGAAAAAGCCAAGAUUUCCUUUUUUCCUACUGCGGACUCUUAUAGGGAGCGUCCUAAAGGGGAACCUAGCUUUGCGGGCUUUGGUAGGCUGCAGCAGGAGUCGACCGCCCCGAGAAAUAGAUAUACGAACGACGAUAUCUCAGCGACGGAAGAUCAAUCUGAUUCAGAAGAUGGUGACGAUUCCUCAAGCUCAAGCGACUCAGAAACUACGUAUAUGCACAAGAUUAACAUGUGGUAUCUACCGGGCCGUCGUUUCAGAAAGACAUUCAGUGGCAGUUAUUCCAUGCACUCAAGUGGUGGGGGGACGGGCAUUGGCACGGGUACUGGUACCGGCACUAGUAAACGUCGUCCGGCCAAGCCUAAGAACAUUAUAUCCAUAUAUAAUGUUGCCAAUGAGUUGCCUUCCAUGCAAGAGUUUGCUCAAGAAUAUUCCAUAUUUGGGGAUGGGUCGGAUGUGUGCACUCAUAAUGCGAAUGUAGCAGAGAAAUAUGGACGGUCCGAUCUUGUGGACGUUUGGAAUUAUGCAGCAUUAUUGCUUCGAAAAGACAUUCCUCUUGAGCUUUUAGGUAACGGCCAAGGCAGGGAAUCAGUACUCGUCAUCGCAAAAGAUGCUGUCGCCCGUUUCGGCGAUAACAGCUCAUCAUCUCCGGGCUCUAAUACCGCCGCGCUGAACGGCCGAGUCAAAUGGGGGCAUCAUCCUCUCGCAAGAAGUUUGAUAGACGACCUUUUCUAUUACUUCGAGAUGAUGGCCGAUGUGCAGAUGCUUGCUAUGCUCUCGUGCAUAUUCAGCGAGUCGUCGGCUGAGGAUAGCGUUGCGUACGCGGAAUCACACCUCACUCAGCCGGAAACGCCUCUCCCUAUGAAAGCACCAUCGUUCUCCUUAGAUUACUUUCCCACAGAUGCGUCGCUUUGGCAUUCUAGCAUCUAUAAUCAUAAGAGCCAAGCCAACUCGGCAAUUUCUACCCCCAAGACAUUACACACACCUGUUAAUCUUGCCGGCUCGUACGGUUCAGAGGAAGUAACAUGGGGCGGCGAUCCAAAAUCCAAUUCUUACUCCUGUGGCGAGACACCACCGACGAUGACACCUCAUGAGCCGAACGGCGAUCCAACCCAGAGCUUGGCCGCCUCUCCAGAUAAUAGGCUCUUUAGUCGUGCAAAUACUGCUCUAACUGCUGGCUUAGCUAGCUUCCCUAGGGCUUUCGCGAGUGUUGCAUCAACAUCACCCCCUAGUCGGAAACGCCCCAGCCCUGGAGAGACAUUCUUGUCCAACCUUGCCCCAACUAAUAUUACUUGGGGUAGUUCAACGAUUCUAGGCCCUGCGUCCGAACCGUCGGGCACUGCACGUAACUCGUAUUCUGAUGAUGACGCACGGAGUGAUGAUACCUUACCUCUAUUAUGCUAUGGUAUUUCUACAGAAAUGGAAGACCAGUCGAUAUUUGAUGACGACGGCUGGCUUGGCGUUCCUUUCCUCGAGCCUUCCCGUCACGCUAUAUAUGCGAGCUACCGCCAUGCGUACGCAGAAAUGCUACAGAUGUGGAAACAACCGUUGGCUCGACUCGAGAUCUUGAAAUUCAACGUGCUCAAGGAGGAUCCUCUUGGGCCUCAAGCUAUGAGUUUUGCAAGUUCGGGGGCUGCCAGCUUCCACGAGUAUCAUAGCGUGGAGAAUGUGAGCCACAGUUCCCCUUCACAUCACGGUGCCAACUCGCCUAUUGUGUUGGGCAAGAAGGAGCUGCUGCAGUCGUUGAUUACAUCUGAUAGAGGAAUCGAUGUAACUGGUAUUUGCCGCAUACAUGAAACCCACCUAGAUCCUAUUCGGUCGACACAUGCUAGCGCGUCACUUGGAGGUGCAGUUGGUACUUGCGAUCGUUGCAAACGCACGCAGAUGCAACUACUGUGCGUAUUCUGCAACGAGCCUAUCGAUGCCCUUUAUCCUCCUUGCCUAGGAUGCGGUUGUGCCAGCCACGAGGCCUGUAUAGCACAAUGGCAUGACGCUGGCGAGACCGAGUGUCCGGCUGGUGACGAGUGCAACUGCAUUGAAGAAUCAAGUAAUGGCCAAGUCGAGACAUGGGCCUCGAUUAAGGGAUUCGUAGAUCGGACAAAGAAUCAGAAGCUAUCAGAUGUCGAGGUGGAAGACAAAUACGACAUCUACAACCGCAGCUCGAUAGAUAGGCACGACUGGGAAAAGAUUGCCAGCGGCGCAUAUAUACCCCUUGCAGACGGACAGGGCAAGCCCCUAGACCAGUCGCAGCCCCAGAACCCAAUGUCGGCCGCUAGGAUCAGCCUUGGUAACAAGCUCAAGAAAUCUGCAGGCAAUUGGGGAAGCACAACGUCGUUAAGGAGAAAGUCGGCUUCGGGACCAAGUAGUAGACGAUGA